GGCGCGGCCGGGCGCUGUCGCCGUGCGCCAUGGCCUACCAGGGCUUGGCGCAGGAGUACCUGGGCAUGCCGGCCGUGACGCGCGCCUACACCACGGCCUGUGUGCUCACCACCGCCGCCGUGCUGGAGUUCAUCACCCCCUUCCAGCUGUACUUCAACCCCGACCUCAUCUUCAGGAAGCUCCAGAUAUGGAGGCUGAUCACCAACUUCCUCUUUUUUGGGCCCCUGGGAUUCAGUUUCUUUUUCAACAUGAUAUUUCUGUACAGGUACUGCCGCAUGCUAGAAGAAGGCUCCUUCCGUGGCAGGACAGCUGACUUUGUCUUCAUGUUCCUCUUUGGAGGGUUUCUCAUGACACUAUUUGGUCUCUUUGCCAGCUUGUUUUUCCUGGGCCAGGCUUUCACCAUCAUGCUGGUGUAUGUGUGGAGUCGCAGGAACCCUUACAUCCGCAUGAACUUCUUCGGGCUCCUUAACUUCCAGGCCCCUUUCCUGCCCUGGGUCUUGAUGGGCUUCUCUCUGCUCCUGGGCAACUCCAUCAUUAUUGAUUUGCUGGGGAUUGCAGUGGGUCAUAUCUAUUAUUUCUUGGAAGAUGUCUUUCCCAACCAGCCUGGAGGAAAGAAGUUGCUUUUGACUCCCAGCUUCCUGAAGAUGGUAUUUGACACACCUGAAGAGGAUCCAAACUAUAACCCCCUCCCUGAGGAUCAUCCUGCAAACCAACCUGGAGACCAAGACCAGCAGCAGCAGCGUCCACUGUAACAGAGGACUUCUGUGUGGCCGGAUUCCUCUCUGCUGGCUGGACUUCUGCUGUGCCCCAGGCAUCUCACUGGAAUAAUACCAGUUGCCAUUCUGAUAUGUCAUGCUUCACUGUUUGUAUGGGUAACCCAUCUUCCUUCUGUACUAAGUGGUUCUGCAAAGCUUUGCACGUAAGAACUGACGAAUGCUUAUGGAGGUGUUCUGGGGAGAAGGGCUGGAUGUUACGUGAUGGCUCCUCAGCUACCUGGUGGGGAUAAGUACCAAAUGGGGGUGUGAAACCAGUUACUCAUUCUCUCACUGUUAAUGGCUUGUUGUACGGCAAGUCACUUCUGGCCUCUGUACAAAGACUAAUGCUCUCUGCUCUCACAGUUGUGAGACAUCUUUGUGGGCUUUCAACCAAGUAGUGCACCUUGGCUGGGCUUACACCACGACGAGUCUCCCAGGCAAAAACCUACCAUAGUGGAAUGCAGCUCAACUACUCCCUUUCCUCUGAGUCCCCCACCCUUUUUCAUUGUUGUUUCCAAAGAGUCUUUACAUUAAAGUCUUUAUUUUUCA